AUGAGUGGUGAUUUACCAAUUGAUUUCACUGAACAGGCUGACUUGCCUAGUUUGGGGAUCUCUCCUCAAUUUCUAGAUUUUAGAUCAACAACUUUUGAAAGCGACAACUAUGUAUGUGUUCGUGAAACCAUAAAUAACCAAAAUACUGUUUCUAUUGUUGACUUGAAAAAUAACAACCAGGUCACCAAAAAAAACAUGGGUGGUGAUAACGCCAUAAUGCAUCCUUCCAAAAACGUUAUUAGUGUUAGAGCCAACGGCACUUUGGUUCAAAUCUUUGAUUUAACUUCUAAAGCUAAAUUAAAGUCUUUUACCAUGGAAGAACCCAUCCUAUUUUGGAAAUGGUUGAAUGAUGAAUAUCUAGGUUUCGUUACCACUAAUUCCAUUUUUAUUUCCAAUUGUUUUGAUGGUCAGGUUAGCUUACCUCCUGCAAAAUUAACCUUGAGACACGGUAAUUUAAAUAAUACUCAAAUCAUCGAUUUUACUGCAAAUGUAAAUAUGGAUUGGUUUGCUGUUGUCGGUAUUCUUCAAGAAAAUGGCCGUAUUGCUGGUAGAAUUCAAUUGUAUUCUAAAAGCAGAAAUAUCUCCCAAGCAAUUGACGGCCAUGUUGCUGAGUUCACCACAAUUUCUUUGAACGGUAACAGUAAACCAACACAAUUGUUUGUUACUGGUAACAGAAAUCCCGUUACAGGCAAUGGUGAAUUACGUGUUAUUGAAAUUGAACAUGAUGCAACCUCUUGUCCCGUUGCUUACCCAAAAAAAUUAGUCGACAUUUUCUUUCCACCAGAUGCCACUAAUGAUUUUCCAAUAAGUGUCAAAAUAUCUGUAAAAUACGGUAUCAUUUAUUUAUUAACAAAAUAUGGGUUCAUCCAUUUAUAUGAAUUAGAAACCUGUACUAAUUUGUUUGUCAAUAGAAUUACUGCUGAAUCCGUCUUCAACUCUGCCUAUUAUGACAACAAGAAUGGUAUUGCCUGUAUUAAUAAAAAGGGACAAGUUUUAUCUGUGGAAAUCUCCACUUCUCAGAUAGUUCCCUACAUUUUAAACAAACUAUCUAAUGUUUCUCUAGCUCUAACUGUAGCAACUAGAGGGGGUUUGCCGGGCGCUGAUGAAUUAAUUACUAAACAAUUCGAUACAUUGAUGGCACAGGGCGAUUACCAAGGUGCUGCCAAGGCCGCUGCUUCCUCUGCUCAAUUGAGAACACCAGCCACUAUUAACAAAUUAAAAAAUAUCCAGGCUGCUCCGGGUGCCAUUUCGCCCAUUUUACUGUACUUCUCCACUUUACUAGAUAAGGGGAAACUAAACAAGUACGAGACAAUUGAGUUGGCUAAGCCUGUCUUGCAGCAAGAUAGAAAACAAUUGUUUGAAAAAUGGUUGAAGGAAGAUAAGUUGGAGUGUUCUGAGGAAUUGGGUGACACUGUCAAACCAUUCGAUACUACAUUGGCCUUGGCCUGCUACUUGAGAGCCAACGUCCACAAUAAAGUUGUUACGUCCUUGGCAGAACUACAGCAGUUUGAUAAGAUAUUACCGUAUUGUGCUAAAGUCAAUUAUCAGCCAAAUUUCACUGUUUUGAUCUCCAGUUUAUUGAGAUCCUCACCAGAUAAGGCUUCUGAAUUUGCCAUCUCUUUAUUACAAAACCCUGCUACAUCAGGUUCUAUUGAUAUUGAAAAAACUGCAGAUAUAUUUUUCAGUCAAAACUAUAUUCAACAGGGGACUUCAUUUUUGUUGGAUGCUUUGAAAGGCGAUACUCCAGAUCAAGGUCGUUUGCAAACCCGUGUUUUAGAGGUUAAUUUGCUACAUGCUCCACAAGUUGCCGACGCCAUUUUAGGUAAUAACAUGUUUUCUCAUUACGACAAGACAUCUAUUGCUUCAUUGGCUGAAAAGGCUGGUUUGUACCAAAGAGCCUUGGAAAAUUAUACUGACAUCAAGGACAUUAAGAGAUGUAUUGUUCACACUACUGCUUUGCCAGUCGAUUGGCUAGUUUCAUUUUUUGGCAAGUUAAAUGUCGAACAAAGCUUAGCCUGCUUAAGAGCUUUGAUGGAUAACAAUUUGCAAGCUAAUAUUCAAAUCAUUGUCCAAAUCGCUACUAAAUAUUCAGAUUUACUUGGUUCCAGUGUUUUAAUUAAAUUAUUUGAGGAAUACAAAGCUACCGAUGGUUUAUAUUACUACUUGGCCUCUUUGGUUAACUUAACGGAUGAUAAGGAUGUUGUUUUUAAAUAUAUCCAAUCUGCUGCCAAAAUUGGACAAUAUAAAGAGGUGGAAAGAGUUGUCAGAGAGAAUAACGUUUACGAUCCUGAAAAAGUCAAGAAUUUCUUAAAAGACGCCUCUUUACCCGAUCAACUACCUUUGGUUAUCGUUUGUGACCGUUUUGGUUUCAUCCACGAAAUGAUUUUGUACUUGUACAAACAACAGAAUUUCAAAUUUAUUGAAAUUUAUGUCCAACAGGUCAAUCCAUCCAAAACAGCACAAGUUGUUGCUGGUUUAUUGGAUGUUGACUGUGAUGAGAAAGUUAUCCAGAAUUUGUUGAAAGGUGUUGUUGGUCAAGUUCCUAUUGGUGAGUUGUGUGAUGAAGUUGAAAAAAGGAACAAAUUAAAAAUUUUGUUACCAUUUUUACAAGAGUCUCUAGACCAUGGUAUUGAAGAACAAGCUAUUUAUAAUGCGUUGGCCAAGAUCUACAUUGACUCUAACAAUUCUCCUGAGAAAUUUUUGAAAGAAAAUGACAAGUAUGAUACUUUGAAUGUUGGUCGUUAUUGUGAGAAGAGAGAUCCAUAUUUAGCCUACAUCGCCUAUGAUAAAGGUGAAAACGAUGAUGAUUUAGUCAGAAUUACAAAUGAUAACAGCAUGUAUAAAUACCAAGCAAGAUAUUUGUUGAAGAGAAGCGAUGUUGCUUUAUGGGCAAAAGUUUUGGCUGAAGACAACGUUCACAGACGUCAAUUGGUUGAUGCCGUGGUUAGUAUAGGUAUUCCUGAGUUAACCGAUCCAGAACCAAUUUCCAUUACUGUUCAAGCCUUCAUGCAGGCUGGUUUAAAACUUGAAUUGAUCGAAUUGUUGGAAAAGAUUAUCUUAGAACCAUCUCCCUUCAACGAAAACAGUGCCUUGCAAGGUUUGUUAAUGUUAUCUGCUAUUAGAUAUGAACCAACUAAAGUUGCUAAUUAUAUCGAAAAGUUAGACAAAUAUGAUCCAACAGAAAUAGCUCCAAUGUGUGUUGAAAAUGGUUUGAAUGAGGAAGCUUUUGAAAUUUACGACAAGUACGAAUUAUAUUCCAAAGCCAUGAAGGUAUUAGUUGAAGAUAUUAUGUCCUUGGAUAGGGGUGUCCAAUAUGCUGAAAAGAUUGAUGAACCAGGAUUAUGGUCUCAAUUGGGGGAAGCUCAAUUGAAUGGUUUACGUAUCCCAGAGGCUAUUUCCUCCUAUAUCCAAGCUAAUGAUCCAUCUAACUAUAUUAACGUUAUUGACAUUGCAGAACAUGCUGGUAAGUUGGAAGAGUUAGUUCCAUACUUAAAGAUGGCUAGACAAACUUUAAAAGAACCAAAGAUUGACAGUACUUUGAUUUUAUGUUAUGCAGAAUUAGGCAAAUUGCAUGAAAUUGAAACCUUGUUGGAUAAUUCUAAUGUUGCUGACCUAGAAGAAGUGGGUGAUAAAUUAUAUGCCAAGAGUGAUUAUAAGGCCGCUAAAUUAUGUUUUGUUUCUAUUUCUAAUUAUUCUAAACUAGCUAGCACUUUAGUUCAUUUAGGGGAUUAUCAAGCUGCCGUUGAUAUUGCAAGAAAGGCAUCCAAUAUCAAAGUUUGGAAACAGGUUGAUGAUGCCUGUAUCAAAAAGAAGGAGUUUAGAUUGGCCCAAAUUUGUGGUUUGAAUUUGAUUGUUCAUGCUGAAGAGUUGGAAGAAUUAGUCGAGACAUACGAAUCUCUAGGCUACUUUGAUGAAUUAAUUUCUUUAUUUGAAGCUGGGUUAGGUUUGGAAAGAGCCCAUAUGGGUAUGUUUACCGAAUUGGCUGUCUUGUAUGUCAAAUAUAAACCAACCAAAGCCUAUGAACAUUUGAAGUUAUUCUGGUCCAGAAUUAACAUUCCUAAAGUUAUAAGAGCUUGUGAAACUGCUCAUAUGUGGGAAGAGUUGAUUUUCUUGUACGCACAUUACGAUGAAUGGGAUAAUGCCGCUUUAACUGUUAUUGAAAAAUCCACUACCAAAUUUGACCAUGAAUAUUUCAAAGAGAUCAUCGUUAAAGUUACCAACUUGGAAAUAUAUUACAAAGCCAUUAAUUUCUAUGUUAGUGAACACCCAACACUGUUGGUUGAUUUAUUAGUCGCUCUAACUCCUAGAUUAGAUAUCACUAGGACUGUCAAGUUGUUUAAGAAUUCCGAUAAUUUACCAUUAAUUAAACCAUUCUUAAUCAAUGUAUUACCUAAGAAUAAUACUGCCGUUAAUGAAGCCUACCAUGAAUUAUUAAUUGAGGAGGGUGACUAUAAGUCAUUGCAAGUAACUGUUGAUUCUUAUGAUAGAUUUGAUCAAUUAGAGUUGGCUAAACGUUUAGAGGAUAACGAAUUGAUUUUCUUUAAGCAAAUUGCUGCCAAUCUAUAUCGUAGAAACAAGAAGUGGGCCAGAAGUUUGGCUAUUUUGAAGGAAGAAAAGUUGUGGAAGGAUGCUAUAGAGACAGCUACUAUUUCUCAAAGUACAGAAAUUGCAGAGGAUUUGUUAUCCUAUUUUGUUGAUACCGGUAAUAGGGAGGCAUUUGUUGCUUUGUUAUACAGUGCCUAUGCUUUGCUUAGAUAUGAUUAUGUUUUGGAAUUAUCAUGGAUGAAUAAAUUAGAUGAUUUUAUCAGGCCAUAUGAAAUUUCUGUUAAAAAAGAGCAAACUGAUAAAAUUAAAGAAUUGAGUGAAAAAUUAGCUAAUACUAAAGUCACUGAUGAACAAACUGAUGGUCAAACAUUGUUGUUAACCAAUGGUAGUCUGGGUUCUCAAGCAACUGGUUUUUUUUAG